AUGGUGACUCGUGCAAGCAGCGGAUCUGGCGAUCAAGGCUCGCUGUCACCGGUAGAACAGCUAGUUGAUAAACAGGAGCAGGCGUACCGCACGCUUCGUGCCACCAUCGCUGCCUCCUGCGCACUGGGUCAUCGUUCUUGCCAGGUGCUCUGGGGACCGCGUGGCAGCGGCAAGCACCGCAUUUUGCGUCUCCUCGCUCACGACGUCCGCCGCACUCCCAACACCUUCGUAAUGGAGCUGCACGGGCGACUGUUGAAGGAUGAUGAAGCCGCCCUCGGUGUCAUUGCCCAGCAGCUGCUCUCCUUUUUACAAAGCCCGCAGUCGGCGCAGCUGCGUGCUGAGCAUUACCUCUUGCGCACUGGCACGUUCGGGUUUGGUCAGCUGUUCCACUUCGAACGGCACAUGCGAGAUGACGGCGUGGCAACAGCUGUGGUGGCAGCGCCAGGACACAGCGUACGCGCCAUAGUCGGUGCGGAUGCGCUAUUCACGCACGCGUCCCAUCAUUUGGCUGGCGACGGCGGUCGGAACGGCCCCAACCAGCGACAGCGCCGAUCAACAACGACUAACCCACUCGCAAAAACUCCACACCGAGGGGCGAGGCGUACACGCUGGCACUCGAGUCGCCGCGCGUCGGGUUCUCUGGCAGACAGCGACGCAGACGUGUCAAGUGAAGAUGCAGAGGAAUACGGUAGUGGGGACGAAGACGAUGUACAGGGGAGCAGCGUCAUGGUGACUUCCACGACCACAUACCUCACCGGCGGAGCGGCUAGUGCCCUGCCUCAUCUGCAGCGAGCGCUUCUUCUCCUAAAGAGCCACGGCUGCAGCAUUGUUGUGUGCAUCCGCGACAUUGACGUCUUCGGCGUCCGUUGCGAUCAACUGCUUUACGUCCUCUCCGGUCUCAUGCACGACAACGACGGAGGCGGCGGCAGCGGUGCAGGUAGUGGCGGGGGGAUGUCUCUCGUGCUCGCGUCCGCGGCACCUGAUAUCCGACAGCUAGAGAAGCGGCUUUCCAGUCGUCUAACAUGCGAAGCGCGGUACGUGCCGCUGUUGCCCUGGUCCCUGCGCAACCUGCUUGCCGCUACACUGCACACGAUGGUGCAGGACGCGUCGAGUCAGGUUCGCAUGAGGGAGGUCGAGCGACAGAGGGCAGAGCUGGUGGCAGCGCUAAGUGUUGAAGCGACGAAGCUGCGAAGCAGAACUGAUGGCGUCGGCAAGCUUCAAGGUCGUGAGCAGGAGUUGCUGAAAAAGUUGAUGGCUGACUUGGAGGCGCAGCUGCACGCGAGUGAUGCGACGCUGCGGGAGCUUCGGGGACAGCGGCGACACCUUUCCAGCCUGUUCGACCUAGAGGGCACCCCCAUGACCGCAAGAGUCGGUGCCAACGAGGCUGGCGCUUUGACACAGGGUCACUACAGUGCCUCCGGCUGGCGCUCCUCAGAGCUGCCACCGACGCAGCAGCAACAGCAACAACGGGCGUCUGGCUCUGCAAGUUUAACGUCGCCAUCCUUCACAACUGCUCGCACCUGGUCUGUCAGCUCACUGCUCGCACAUUCCUCUCUGACACUCGAAGUCCAGUGCGUCAUGUGCGAGGAGCUUCUCCGACAGCUUUGCUGCGCCACACACGCACGGCAAGCACGAGGUCUUGCUGGUGUUGAUGCCGUUCAUGGAAGCUGCCGCUCUUCACUCGCAUCACUGGUAACAGAAUUGAGCACGGAGCUUGAGCAGAACAGCAGCACUAGCUCGACCGUGAUGGCGGUAUUGGCGAAUCACUUGUGCAAAGCUGUUAGCGGUGCCAUCGACCUUCUUGGUGGGAGUGGUCGGCGUGUGUUGCUGAGGUGGCUACGCGCACGACUGCAGCACGAGCCCAUCCCUCCGGCGUCCGUCGGCGCCGCUCCUGCCGAACAGGCAAGCACUGCGUGCCCAGCGGGGGUAUCGCCAAUGAUUUUGUUGAGCUGGCGGGAGGCAGCGCAGUGUAUGGUGCUACACACUUCCGACUGUCGGACCGGACUCUUUGAAGAAGCUGCGGAAAACGAGUGCUGCGCUCGUGUUCGCCUCCGGCCACCAUUUGCCUUUGGCAACAGCAAACCGGCAGAGAUGGAUGGUGCGAACGGCAGUCGCGCAGAGUACCACCGCCCAGGCUCAGAGCUGCCGCCACUGUCUUUGCUGCCCCCGCACCUACAUGACCUGCUUGCGGACGGCCAGCUGGUUGGCAUGGGCUACGGCAGUCGUGAGGCACUGCUGGUUCUCUUCUACAUGCACGUCCAUCACACCAGCGGCCUGCAGGAGCGCACCGUGGCCGAUCUUCUCGAGGACGUCUCCUCAUCGCUUGGGACAACGGCGGCGGCUGCGCUCGACCGAGAGGCGUUCCGCCACGCCAUUCGCCUGCUUUGCCGCUGGAGACUUCUGCGUGUGGUAGAGGCGCACUCGCAGCUGCUCGAGAUCUGCGGCAGCGACGCACGACUGCGCGAGUUUCUGAUGACGGUGCUAUCAAAGCAGCCGGAGUGGUGUGAGACGGAGUUGGGUCUUGACGCACGCGAGAUCGUGCGCUUCCGCAGCCUUCUGUGA